CAGAUAACCAUCCUAUUUAGAGGGCACAAUGCCAAAAUAAAUGAAGUGGGGCAUUCCAUUGGGGCCUUCAGAAAGUGCAUUUUUCCCCUCUAUGUCUGUGAAUGAUGGCUUAUAAAGUGCUUUGCUUGUCUUAUUAUUACAGGAUGCAAAAAGAAAAGAAAAAGGUAAAACCUGGCAAAAGUGCCAGAUCUAGAUCUAGAAAAGUGUAAUGAGGGGUCAAUCAUUUGGAGGAACUAGGAGCUGUCAUUGUAAUAAAAAAAGGGCAGAAAAGUGGAAAGCGUUUGGGAGGGCAGUCGAAAAGCAACAUAGGCUUUAUUAAAUAUUGAAUUGAGAAGCUGAAGAAGAUUGUUAUGUAGGACAAACUUUUUUGUUGGAUGGAGGGGGGGGGGGAGCGUAAAGUGAUAUUAGAAUUCUUGAGCCAAAAGCAUGUGUGUUUCAAGGGGUGGGGGUGGUAUAAAGUGGGUCAUUCCAAAUGAAACGUCUUUGGUAGAAAAAUUAACGGUAUGCAGGGUGUUAAAAUAUAACAAAAUAGGGUUCCAGAGAAAGAAGGAGAGACAGAAAGAAAGAGGAUGAGAGCAGGAAGUUUCAUUUCAUUGUAACUGAUACAAUAAUUCACUGGCUAAAAAUUAUGUUAGGGGAUUGUUAAAAUAUGGUCUUAUUAUUGGAGGCUCAAAAAUAAAAAGAGAGGAUGCCAUAAUAAACAACAUCAAGCCUAAGAACGCAUCAACAGGCAUAGUUGACUUGGAUAAAAUGGAAAUCACUACAAUGAACAGUCUUUUUUUUACUAAUUUACAUUUACUUGGAUUAGACAUUAUUGAUAUGGAAGCUAAAUACAAGAUUCCAUUCAAAGAAGAUAUGUUCACACUACCAAACAAAGCAGGUUCUGAAGCUAUCCUCCAUUUCCUUUUUCAUAGACUUAAUCCAUCAUUAGCCAAGGAACAAUUCAGAGAUUGUUGGCCUUUAGUAGACAAAAACUCAGAACAUCAGUUUAGAAAAGUUUGCAACAAUUGGCUUACACAGAUUCAGGAAGAAUCUGUUGCAAAUUUACCAAGGAUAAAUACUUCACUCUUUUUAACUCCUGGAGGUCGCAAAUUUAUUCAAUUUGUUUACAGUUUUUCUACUUAUGUAUUAAUGCAGGUUAUGAAAACUGAACAAGGCUGGGUGAAUCAAGUUGUUUAUCCUAGUACUAAUUCUUUUGUGCUAACUAAACUAUCCAUGACUGCCCUAAAUGAUUAUAGUUCUAUGGAAUGUGAAGAAUUCUUUGAUCAAGUACAUUUAUUAAUAGCAGCUAUUAGGCAUUGGAAACAUUAUGUCAGUGAUUUAAUUCAAGAAUCUAGAAAAGUAAAAAAACUUCUGAGAGAAAGUGAAUCUGAGAAAAAAAAUCUGGAAAAACAAUUACAAGAAAUUGAGCAGAAACAUUAUGGUGAAUCACCAACAAAGAAAAUUGUUGACAAGACAUUUUAUGAUACUAGCACUUACAAAGAGAAAAGAAUGCAGCGAAUGACUGAGGUUACAAAUAAUUGGAAGCAAAUAUCUUUCUUUAAUGACAAUUUGAAAGAUAAAAGAGGCAUUAUUCAAUCUAUUGUUGAGAAUAGUUUUUCAAAGUACAGUUUAGAUGCUACAGCUCUGGGAAUCAGAGUCCCAAACAUCUUGCUCAGAGAAUCGAGUGCAAUGUUUGCUCAACUAGAAGUUGACAAUAUUUACAAAGAAGGAUGUUUAAACUUAGUUUCUACACUGCACCUUUGGAAUGUAGCUUUGAAUUGCUUUAAAGAGCACUUACAGAAAGAAAAGCUACCAGAUUUUUCUAAUAUUUUGCCUCUGUUAACAACCCAAAAGCAAAAACAUCUUUUUCAUUUGAAAGCUGCUAAAGAAUUAAGAGAUGAAGUGACCAAGAAAGCAUUACCUCGACUCACAUACUCUACAGAUGUUUUAAAGAAAGCCACUUGUUUAAAAAUCGCUUGUAAAAGUAAAAACACUCUAAAUUUGGGUCUCACUACGCCUAGCACUAAGUUAAAAAGAUUAAGUCAUUCCUCAGUAGUAACUCUUUCACAAAGUCCCAUUGCUGUUUUUUUACAAGACUCUAUAGCUGUUACUCAUAAAAAAGACUCUGCAAUAUCUGCAAAUGAACAUCUCCAACCAUUGCAGUUUCUCAAUCUGCCUACAGUUUGUGUGAAAAGCUCUAACAAGGGAUCAAAAGUACCAAUCAAUGAAAGCUUGCAAAAAGUCAACAAAAAAAUAUCAAUGCCCUUGACGCUGUCCAAACAUGAGAAGACCAUACCAAUGAUAACUGACCACACAAAGAUUGACUACAAAAAGACCCUCCCUGUUAAGAAAACGCUUGAUGUUUCAAAACAUGCCAUUGAUGAUUCUCAUAUUGAUGAGGUUGUUCAGUCAGUUCUAAAUACUACAACUAGUUCAGUGGACAGUUUGGGUUUUGCUUCAGAAAUAGGGAAUUUUUCACCUUUCAGUCUAGUUCCCUUGGAUGUUCUUGAUAGCCAAAGUUCAAGUUUGACACUAGCUUGCCAAACUAUUCUGAAUGCAGCAGGAAAUCAUGAAGAAGAUUUAUAUUUGACUAGACAGUUCUCAGGCUUACCUCCUAAUCAUGUCCAAGAUGUGAGUCAUGAAAGACUUGAAGGGGAGGUGACUCAUUCACCGGAAAGUCAGGAUAUUAACAACUUAUCAUUACAAAGAUUUCAGAAUGAUUUAGAAUCACAAACCAAAAUAAAUUUUCAUCAAACUUUUUUAGAGUCUUCCCUUGCAUCAACAUUAGCUAGAGACGAAGAAAGAUCAGAACAUUCCUCACUAAUAAACCACAGUAGAUUAGAGCAAUCAAAUCUUCAGACAAGUGCUAAUGAAUCUUUGUCAUUGCUUCAUUUCUCUGACCAUCAUGGGAACUCAGAUUUUCAUGGUGACAUUCAUUUAGACAAAUCCUAUAAUAGCUUCUUAGAUGCUAUUCCUCAAGACUUUUCUGAUGACUUAGUGUCACCUGGUAGAUUUCAAGAGUCUGACCACUUGUUGCUGUCACCUACUUUUGAGGAGAAAAAAAUACUCAGUGAAACAGAGGAGCAUGUGAUAAGUGGCCCAGAAAGAUCUACUGCUGUACAAACUAUUCAAGACAAAUUAUCAGCAUUAAGACAGAAAGCCUCAGACAUUCUUGAUAUAUCGCUAGAUAGUUCUGAUGAUGACUUAUGAUGAUCCUCGCACUGUAGGGCUAUUAAAUGAAAUGUAAAGCUAAAAAAAAAAUACAGAUCACCUAGGUGUUUGAUUUUAUUUACUCUGUACUUUGUAAUUUUUUUUUCUUUUCUGUAAGAAAAUAAUUAAUCUGAACAUAUAUUUUGUAUUAUAUAUUGAAAUAUAUAUUUUGUAUUUGUAAAAAAAAAAAAAAGUUCAUGUUUAGUGGCUCAAAGCAAGAUUACAAUUUGUAAAAAAAAAAUAGGUUUGUAUUAUAUAACACUGUAUUUUUAGUUUUAAAGACCACCUGAGAGGUUUUUUUCGAAAUUGAGAUAGCAAUUGAUUUAGAUAGUAGAUAGCAUCAAAGUUAGUUCCUAAAAUUUUGAGAUUUUAGAAAAGCGUAUUUAUAUUAGAAAAAGUAAUUUGAAAGGGUAAAAAAUAACGAGAUUUGAAAAUCAGCUUUAAUGGCCGAAAGCGGAAGUGACGUCUUGUAAUGGACUGAGAAAAUGUAAAUAAAAAUAGAUAUGGCUGGAUACGUUAUUGAUAGCGAUUCAGAUGAUAUACUUAUCUAAAUCUAGCUGUCAAACAAUUUUAAAUGAUACUUAUCAUGGGAUGCACCAAAAUGCCCUGAAGAUAACUCUUCUACUUUUUCAAAAUAUAUUAUAGAGCAGACUAUUUAACCCCUUCGUACACGGUGUGUACAUAUGUACACAUGACGUUAAAACGAUUUUUUUUCACAUGAAAAGUUGUGGACAAGUUUUUUAAACACCGGAAAUAAAUUUAUCGACCUCUUCUUUGUUUAUUAUACACCGUAUUUUACACAGAAAGGAAGCGAAUAUUUUUUUAUUUCAACUUGAAUCCAGUUGGUCAAAUAGCCCGAUUUGGUAAGUAAAUUCCUAGGGUAAUAGUUCAGAUACGCAGAUACCUUUGCCGACCACCAUGUUGUUUGUUAAGCAUAUUUAUCUCCCUUACCUAUAUUGAACUUUCUAUAACUUUUUUUAAAGAGAGUUUUUGUUCUUAUGCUGUCAACUUAUGAUUUUUUAAGUGUAUUUACUGAAAUGAAGGUCUAAAUAAAAUGUUAUUAAUAAAUUGAUGAACUUGUUGUUUCUUCUUUUUUUCUACUUAUGAAAUUAUUAAUUAAAAAAUAUAUGUUAACAAUUAGAUCUAUAAUUAAUAUAAAACAAAUAUGCAUGAAUUAAAUGAAAUGAAACACGCAUCUAGAUAUACAUGUUAUGUAUAAUCUGCAUUUUUUUCUGCAUAUUCUGAAAAUAUAACAGAAACCUGAUUUAGCGUUUCUAGUGUCGUAUACUAAUACCAGAUUUAGAUCUCAUUUCAUUUUCUUGUAUGUUUCUGUUUAGUUUUUCAAAGUAUUUGUUUUAGAUUAGAAUUUAGAUUUAAAGACUAGAUCUAAAAUCAACUAGAUUUAAUUAAUGUAUAAUUUAAUAAGCUAACAAAAGGUUAAGUCUAAAAGUAGUCUCUAGACUUAAAAUUAAAUUUCUUUGCGUGUCCAUUGCAACGUUGACGUUGAGAGAAUAUAUAUUUGAUCAAUUAUGUAGGCCCUAAAUGAUCAUUUAUACACAUAAUUUAAAAAGUAAGAUUAUUAAAUAUAAAUUAUAAGUUUUAUAUAUUACAUCUGUUCAUUUUUGUUUUAUUGUUUUUAUUUCAGAAAACACCGUAUUAGAUCUUUCUGUUGAGGAUGUGUUACAACAGAACACUGCCUAACUCACUGCCUGGUUGUAUGAUGAUCAUCUGUUCGAAACCUGUCCGGUUCCAUCCCUGCUGUCCUUCAAGAGAUUUAGGCUAGGACGAAAUAUUACUACUUAAUAAUCUUCAUGACCACACACAGUGACAUCUAACUGUGAGAUCUUUAUUACAACAGAUCGCUGCCUCGUCAUUUGGUUUCGAAAUGCCAUCAUGAUGGUCAUUUUUUUUAAUCCUGCACAAUUCCAUCGCCCUGCUGUGUCCUGCAGGGUUUUGUACUAAGAUGUAAUAUUACUACUUAGAAUACCAUGUCUCCCCCCAGAGGCAAUCUACUCUUGAGGACUUACAUUACAACGGAUCACUGCCUUCGUUCUGUAUGGGCUUCGAAGUGUCGUCUUAAAUGUCACCUGUUCAAACCCUGCCAAUGACUGUCCCCUGCUGGCCUGCAGGAGGUUUGUGCCAGGAUGUAUUAAUAUUUAAUUAUGUCUUCACCCAGAAGCAUUCUACUGUUGAAGACUUGUUCAACGAAUCACUGCCUAAUCGUUUGGUUUGGGUUUCGGACUGUCGUCUUAGAGGAUUAAAGGUCACCCAUUCAAACCUUGCCUACUUCCGUCCCCUGCAUAUCCUGAAUGAGGUUUGUGCUAGGAUAUAAUUAUCAUGUCUACACCCAAAGACAUUUUACUGUUGAGGACUUAUUGCAACGAGUCACUUCAUGGUCAUUUGGUAUGAGCUUCGGACUGUCUUCAUGGUGGUCAUUUGUUUGAACCCUGCACUUUUCCAUGCCCUGGUCACUGAAACCUCAAACUUCAUUGAAGCUUAUUAUAAAUAUUAACAAUUCUUAAGCUAUCUAGAUUAUAUACAAUGUGAGAAUAUAUUUAUGUACUGUUGUGCUGUUAGAAAGAGAGAUCCUAUUCAAACAUGGUCUUUUUCUUAUUUCGCAGCCUCAGAUACCACAAACAAGUGUUUGUCAACCCUGAUAUAACUGUUUUUGAAAACGUGUGUGUGAAUGUGGGCUUGCUUUAGGCUUCUUUUGAAGCAUGUAUCUGAAAAGUUGUUGCAGAAUUAAUUAAGUCAAAGGUGUACAAAUGGUAGGAUGGGAUACAAUGGGCGAAGCUGAAUACUCAAAAUGCUAUUUUUAUGUAGUACUAGUAAGAAAAAAGUGAUUUUUAGAAUGCCAUUUGCUUAAUAAAAUAAAUAGAUUUGAUAAAAGUAAAUAAAUAAUUUGAUUUAUA